AUGACCACUAGACUUCACUGGCUCACAAGUGCCCUCUGCCUGAUAGGCAUAGUGUGCACUGUCACGUCCACAUAUGUGACAGAAGAUGAUUCAUCCCCCGCUGAGAAAGGAGUCACCUUCAGCCACGUCUAUAAGAUUGACCUGGCCAAGAGCCCUGAGUGUAAACUUGCCUUGCAGACCCUCCCUUCUCAGCAGGACCAGUCUUCAGGCCUGCAAGAGCUGGAGGGAGGCACUACUCCUGAGGGGGAAAACGACAUAGUUUUCAGGCACCAAAUCAACCUCAAGACCCCAAAGUGUGACUGUGAUGAGUCGGAGAGCUUUAAGUCUCUGCUGUACAGAGUCAACGGGCUGGAGGAGGAGGUGGAACACCUGAAGAGUCAAUGCUCUCAGGGCUGCUGUGGUGGAAAAGGUGGUGGAGCAGAAGGUAAGCCUACAGUGCAGUCCAUCACCAUAAGAUCUGACAGAACAUCUGUAUUCAAGAGCUAAAAUACACUGAGUGUACAAAACAUUAGCAACACCUUCCUAAUAUUGAGUUGCACCCCCUUUUGCCCUCAGAACAGCCUCAAUUCAUCGAGGCGUGGACUCUACAAGGUGUUGAAAGUGUUACACAGGGAUGCUGGCCCAUGUUGACUCCGAUGCUUCCCACGGAUGUGUCAAGUUGGCUGCAUGUUCUUUGGGUGGUGGACCAUUCUUGAUAUACACGGGAAACUGUUGAGCGUGAAAAACACAGCAGUGUUGCAGUUUUCGACACACUCAAAUUGGUGCAGCUGGCACCUACUACCAUGCCCCGUUCAAAGACACUUAAAUAUUUUAGCUUACCCACUCACCCUAUGAAUGGCACACAUACACAAUCCAUGUCUCAAUUGUCUCAAGGCUUAAAAAUCCUUAUUUAACCUGUCUCCUCCCCUUCAUCUACACUGAUUGAAGUGGAUUUAACAGGUGACAUCAAUAAGGGAUCAUAGCUUUCACCUGGAUUCCCCGGUCAGUCUAUGUCAUGGAAAGAACAGGUGUUCCUAAUGUUUCGUACGCUCAUUGUAUAUCUGGAAAAAAAAUAUUUAACUUAAUCCCAAAUGUUAUUUAAAACUGUGAAACUGUACAGACACUUCAGAUAUCACAUAACGUGUUUUCCUAAACUUUCACAGGUGUGGACACAACCUGUAGUGGCCACGGGACCUACCUGCACAACACCUGCAUUUGUCAAUGCAACCCUGGCUGGGAGGGUCCAGACUGCUCCGUCUCCACCUGUCCUGAUGAGUGCAACGACAAUGGCCGCUGUGUGGAUGGCAAGUGUGUGUGCCACGCUGGCUACACAGGGAGCGACUGCAGCCAGCUGAUGUGCCCAGGCGACUGCAACGAUAAGGGACACUGCGUGGACGGGAAGUGUGUUUGCUUCAGCCACUUCACUGGCGAGGACUGCAGCGAACAGAAAUGCGAUCCUGACUGCAUCCACGGCACCUGCGUGAAAGGAAUGUGUAUCUGUGACGAAGGCUUCUUUGGAGAAGACUGCUCUGCAGGUAGAAGUGCUGAUAUACACUACCAGUCAAAAGUUUUAGAACACCUACUCAUUCAAGGGUUGUUCUUAAUUUUUUACUAUUUUCUACAUUGUAGAAUAAUAGUGAAGACAUCAAAACUAUGAAAUAACACAUAUGGAAUCAUUGUGUAACCAAAACAAGUGUUAAACAAAUGAGAAUAUAUUUUAUAUUUGAGAUUCUUCAAAUAGCCACCCUUUGCCUUGAUGAUAGCUUUGCACACUCUUGGCAUUCUCUCAACCAGCUUAACCUGGAAUGCUUUUCCAAUAGUCUUGAAGGAGUUCCCACAUAUGCUGAGCACUUGUUGGCUGCUUUUCCUUCACUCUGCGGUCCGACUCAUCCCAAAUCAUCUCAAUUUGGUUGAGGUCGGGGGAUUGUGGAGGCCAGGUUAUCUGAUGCAGCACUCCAUCACUCUACUUCUUGGUCAAAUAGUGGAGAUCAUCCGUUCAUCCACACCGCGUCUCACAAAGACACAGCGGUUGGAACCAGAAAUCUCCAAUUUGGACUCCAGACAAAAGGACACAUUUCCACCGGUCUAAUGACCAUUGCUCGUGUUUCUUGGCACAAGCAGGUCUCUUCUUCUUAUUGGUGUCUGUUAGUAGUGGUUUCUUUGCAGCAAUUCAACCAUGAAGGUCUGAUUCACACAGUCUCCUCUGAACAGUUGAUGUUGAGAUGUGUCUGUUACUUGAACUCUGUGAAGCAUUUAUUUGGGCUGCAAUUUCUGAGGCUGGUAACUCUAAUGAGCUUAUCUUCUGAAGCAGAGGUAAGUCUGGGUCUUCCAUUCCUGUGGCGGUCCUCAUGAGAGCCAGUUUCAUCAUAGCGCUUGAUGGCUUUUGAGAUUUCACCUGAAGAAACUUUCGAAGUUCUUUACAUUUUCCAGAGUAACUGACCUUCAUGUCUUAAAGUAAUGAUGGACUGUCAUUUCUCUUUGCUUAUUUGAGCUGUUCUUGCCAUAAUAUGGACUUGGUCUUUUACCAAAUAGGGCUAUCUUCUGUAUACACCCCUACCUUGUCACAACACAGCUGAUUGGCUCAAACGCAUUAAGAAGGAAAUAAAUUCCACAAAUUAACUUUUAAGAAGGCACACCUAUUAAUUGAAAUGCAUUCCAGGUGACUACCUCAUGAAGCUGGUUGAGAGAAUGCCAAAAGUGUGUAAAGUUGUCAUCAAGGCAAAGGGUGGCUAUUUCAAGAAUCUCAAAUAUAAAAUAUAUUUUGAUUUGUUUAACACUUGUUUUGGUUACUACAUGAUUCCAUAUGUGUUAUUUCAUAGUUUUGAUAUCUUCACUAUUAUUCUACAAUGUAGAAAAUAGUAAAAUAGAGAAAAACCCUUGAAUGAGUAGGUGUUCUAAAACUUUUGACCAGUAGUGUAGGCUGAGGUCAUAAUCAGGUCAUUAUGUCUUAUUCAUUAUUAUAUAAAAGGGAAAACUGAUCCAAGAUCAGCACUCCUAGUUUGAGAUGGCCCAGGUCUUUAAUAGCAAACUCUACCUUUUGUUGAUUCGCAGAACUGGAAUGCAGAAAAUCUACAGAGAAUGUAGAAAAUCUACAGCCUACAGCCUUAGGGUUCUGAGGUUUCAUAAACACUUUGACUAACUUGACAUUAGGUAUUGAAGUUAUUUGACUAUUAAUUAAAUAGCAGUUAAGCAGAACAUUUGCGGUCAAAACAUUCUGACAAAUAAAUUCACUUCAUCCACACUUUUGAAAGUGACAGUAAUUGCUGCAGCCUCAAACCAUGUCUGCCAAUCAACUGUCUAAUGAUGCCUUGUGCACAGACCCAUGGUAGCAGGUCGGCUAUUGCAAUCAGCCAUUGUCAGAUUUUCAAGCUGUGCCGCAAGAGAGAUUUGGAGAGAUUUAUAGCAAGGUGCAUGUAGGAACUGUUGAACUGUUGAACUGUUGUUUCCAACAACAACAGGGACGUGUCAAGGGGAAAGAGGGAGGCUAUAGUUUAUGAGUUGGAUUUGGAGGAGAAAUACUAUGAGUAUAGGACAAAAGCUACAGUAUACUGAGACAUUUUCUGUUUUGUAUGGCAAGAGUGCAUUUGAGGCUACGGUAUAUGGUGAAUAGGUAUCUUUUUCACAAACAUUGGCUUUUUAGAGUACAGAAAAUGAUCAGACCUUCAGGUGCAUCAUCAUCACCAAUGCUGUUUUUCUUUUACUGACCACCAAAAGCAAUGCUAACCUUCAUAUUUCACAACUAUGAUUGAGUCUGGGAUCUGAAAUGUAGGCCUUUGGAGAUUUGUACAUUGAUAAAGAACUCAGACACACAUUUCAAAUAAAUCAUCAAGAGAAAACCUAAAGGGUUUUAUUCUGCCCACAAAAAGCCUUGGUUGAUUUCUAUGGAUUUCUAAUUGCCAGAUCAAUGCCCUGCAUGUGGAUUUGGUCUGCUUUAAUGCUCUUUUCACCAUGGUAGACUCAGUAAAAACAGGACCUUUUGUGAGUCACUGAAAAGUGGGAUCUCUCACUUCAACAAAUGACAGUUCCAAGCAGAAAUGUACAUUCAUAUUUCUGCUUCACAUUUGAGAAUCACGUCCAUUCUCAAAUUGGUGGUCUUGAAUUUUAUUUGAAUAACAUACUGUACCCUUUAGCAAUGUCCAAAUGCAUUGACAUUACGUACGGUAACUUUUUACUACAUGGAAACAGUACAUGUGCUUCCUCACUUGUUUUUGGUAUUAAUUACGACAGAGAACACUGAGCAGCACACGUUUGGCCCACUUGAUGGAAAUCCCAUUUACAGUUGUUUCAAAAUGUUUUUAACACCAUAAUGAUGUGUCCUUGGCUGAGAACCUGCCACUGUAAAUGUAUGACUCCCUUCUUUAUGAAGUCCAAACAUAAUUUACCGUAUUUUCCGCACUAUAAGGCGCACCGGAGUAUAAGCCGCAGCAGCUAAAUUGAAUGAUAUUGAAUGAUGUGUACAUAUAUAAGCCGCACUGGACUAUAAGCCGCAGGUGUUUUAAUGUUAAAUUACCAUAUGUAAGGGUUCGUGCACAGAGGGGAUUGUCGGAAAAGAGACAAACUGUCUCGCUCUCGUAAUGUCUGUCUGUCUUGCUCUCGUUCUGUCUCUCGUUCUGUCUCUCGUACCACUCUCGGUUCCACUUUUACUUUUGCGCGCUACCUGUCUCACUCUUUUCCGGCCUCCAGCUUUUCCUGCUGGAGCCCGCCGCUUAAAGGUGGGGGGCGCGGACCGGUCAUAGAGCCCAUAGAGUUAAAGUUGGUGGACUGUAACCUGUAAAAUCCAUAGAUUUAGGAGGUCUUCUAGUGGCCGUUAGCUGUAAAGAUCCAUAGAUUAGCCACACCGUUAUAUAAACCGCAGGGUCGAAAAAUGGGAAAAAAGGCGCGGCUUAUAGUCCGAAAAUUACGGUAGUAAUUUUCUUAUUCAAAAUAUGCUUUCCUUGUUAUCAAUCAGUGAAAACACAAGUUUCUGUUCCUUUUGCUUUUUCCGAAUCGUUAGAUGUUAAUUUAUUAAUCCUUUUGGCUGUUCUGAAAUAUUAUUUAAGGGCAAAAUUGUUACUGGCAGGAACAGGCGUAUUAACUGCCACUGGAUGGAAAGGCUCCUGCUGAAGAGAAGGAAAACAUUGAGCUUCCUGCCUUCACCAUGUGGAACAAUUUCCAAACCUGCUGUGAAUUCUUUCCUGGUAAAUGUGGUCUCUUAAGCACCUAUUUCAUAUUUCCCCCAAUGUACACUUACGCUUUUUCUGCGCUUUAAUUCACCACCUACGGUCGGUCUUUCGUGCAUUUCCCUGUACCCGCAGGAAUAUCUUGGCUUGGAAAGUUUGCUUCGUACACUGCUGACUGGCCGUCUCCUUGGCUCACGUUCAUGUUAUUGAAAAGUCCCCCCAUACUGUCUGAUUCGCCCAACCCUAUUUUCCACCAUCUUGAUUGAAGUAUCCUGGCUAAAUACAGUAUCACACUGUAACCACAGAAAAGCAAUAUAUUUUCCCCAAUUUUCAAAAUGGUGUUUUCCUUAAAUCAGAUACAUUAUUUCUGUCAGAGUUACAUUGAGUGAAGUGUGAAAAUAGUUUUAAAAAAAAGAGAGCAAUAACAUAGCGACCUUAGUAUACAACACCUACUGACCUCGCCAAGCGGUCCAGAACUCUUGGCCUAACAGCUGAAGUGUUGGACUGACAGGCCCCCAUGUUUCUCCUGGUUGGGGCUACCCCUCGAAUUCAUCACAAUAACAUAGUGAGUAACAUAGUUUUGAACUGUCCCUUAACUAAUCAUACCUCUGUGUCCCCCUCAGUGUUGGGCCCUAACGGCCUGCGUCUGGUAAGGGUGACUGAUGUCUCUCUGCUGGUGGAGUGGGAGGCUGUGAAAGCAGCAGAGUACUACGUCCUGACCUGGCACCCUGAGGGCAAUGAGGCAGAGCUGGAUCGGGUCACCGUGCCCAACACAGAUACCUCCUACCUGAUCACAGGACUCAGCCCAGGUGUCACCUACAUAGUGCAGGUGUACGCUGUCACCAAGGAGAUCCAGAGCGAGGGGGACAGGAUAGAGGCGACCACAGGUAAGGGAGUGAAGUGAACUACAGAGGAAAGUACAGUAUGUUUCUCAUAACAUUGAUUUGUAUAUUUUUCUCACAAGUGCAGGUGCUUUCGUUUGUAGAAAGUGGUUCUGAAUGCCAAUUUACAUUUUCUGUCAUCACAUAAAACUCACUAUGUACAGAUUGCCCCAAUAACCCUGAAUACUGUUUGUACUAAAUGAUUCACUUAGUGAUAGUUCGUUUACCAUUAGGUUCAAGGUAAUUACACUAGUCAGCCUAAUUAAAGGAUAUGAAGCCGUAGACACAUUUUAUGGAAAUGAGGCUAGUUUACAGAUGUGGCGAAGAGAGGCACAGAGCACAGAGCCUUGGGCCCUGGGCUCUGCUAUGCGGUUAGCCAUGGAAAACAUCUCAGUGCAUGAAAUUCCUGUCUGGGUAUAAGUAAAGGCCUGAUAAUCUGGCUAUGACGAAGACUUAGCGUGAGACAAUAUGCUUAACUUAAAACGUUAUCCCUUUCAAAUGGUUUUAAAUAUUUUUUUCCCAUUAGAAAUAACUGUUAAAGAACAUUAGUCAGCCCUUUUCGGUCUUUAAUUUAUUUUUCCUGGCCUUGAAUGGGCUUAUAUGCAAAAUCACAUAUAGGAAGCGUCUCAUAGAAACCAGUAGGAAACAUGCCCUGGUCCCUGGUUCUGUAUGAUAGCUAUGACACUCUUUGGUACCCUAUUAGACCUCUCUCUUAACUUGUACCUAACUCUAACCAUAUAACUAACAUGGACAUAUAAUUUAUAUGUCAACUCAGGUGACAUUUAAAUGGUUAAAUGUCACUACUCUGGCAUAUUCUAAUGAGACCAUGUUGACCCUACACAGAGGUGUCUGGUAUUGAUGCUAUCCGUGUAUUGGGCCAGACUGAGGACUCUAUCCAGGUGGACUGGCAGAACCCUGCAGCACCUCUGGACCACUUCAGACUGACCCAUGCCAACCCUGAUGGGCAGGAGGAGGAGCAGAACGUACCAAUGAGUGCAGAGGCCAGGACCACCCACACUAUCGUAGGUACGUCAUUUAAACAAGGACAACACCGUCUGGAAUAGAUUUUAAUAGAAUAGUCCAUCAUAUUUUAGUACCUUUGAGUAGAAUAGUACUUCAUGUUCUCCCUAACGGUCUCCACCUCUCCCCACUUGAGCAGAACACUCAUAGCCCUUUGAGUAUUCACAGAUCUAUGUCCCUUAACUUAAUAGCUAAUCAUUCAACAGUGUUAAAAUGUAUUGUGGUAGAUUAAGAACCUUGAACCACUAUGAGGUUUUACAAAUCUAUAUGCUUACUUCCCCUGUGUGUUAUAAAGGACUGCAACCUGGCACUGAGUACCUCAUCACAGUGCAAGGCAUCAAAGGGACCAUCGAGGGGAAAGCCUCCUUCGCCACCGGGGUCACAGGUGACUGCUGCUGAUACUAGACAACAGACGAUUUCUGGGGGUUUCAGGGAGUGAGGAGACACUAUUGUUGCGUCCCAAAUAGCACCCUAUUCCCUAAUUAGUGCACUACUUUUUACCAGUGGGCCCUGGUCAAAAGUAGUUCAUAGGGAAUAGGGUGCCACCUGGGACAUGGAUACUAUAUCCAACAUCAGCGAGCGGUAGGCCACUGGACCAUAGUCCAACUCAAAACCACAUGUGGGGGGGAGGGGGACGAUCUCAAUGGACAUUGAAAUGACUAAAACCAAAUCAAAACAUUUAUAGUCUCUUUUGACUCUGUCCAGCUUGCUAACAGUCAUCGUAACGAAAGCUAGACUGUCAGGGAGCAUCGAAAAUUCCAACAGCGAUAGAUAGAGAACAAUUUUUUGCACAUUUUGACGGCAAGGCAAUUAAAUACAUUUUAAGUGCGGCCCUCCGGACCUCAUUGAAGACCGAAUGUGGCGCGCAGGGAAAAUGAGUUUGACACCCCUGCUCUAAACCAUUCCCAACUCUACUCUGGGAACAGCGGAGUAAGAUAGGCACAGAAUGUGUUAUAGUGCAUAGCUUGAUAAAGUACAGUACUGUACCCUGGUAUUAGGUCUCACUGUGACAGCCAAUGAUAAUAGAAUAUGAAUGUGCUCAGGGAGACUAAUAAUUAUGGGUAGUGAUUAUGGGUCAUAAAUCACAGUUUAAUAAUCUGGACCGGUUCUAAUGAUCGUGGUAAGAGUGUCUGGACCAGAGAAAUAGAACACAUUGUGUAACCGCUCGAGAUUCUCAAUAAUAAGGUAAGUAUAGUCCAUGAUUUACAUAAGUCCUUUGAGAAAUAUUAACAUGGGAAUUCCUUAUUUGGAUCUCACAAGCAUUUUCUUGAGUAUUUUGCAUGAGGAUGAAUUCAUAAAGGAGAUUAACUUCUACAGCUGGUCCUGCCAACCCGUUACUUGCCUCUUAUUUGACUGACUGACUUGACUGUCUACAAUUGCAGCUUAUCCAACUUGGCCUGCUCCUUUUGUUAGGGUGUCUAUUUCAGGAGAUGUAGUAGUUCAAAAGGAGAGCUCCCUGUCUCGUUAUGGUGAUGGUGCUUUUGUUUUCUCAGCCCUGAGGUAAAAUUUGAUAGGUUUAAUUUGGGAGUUAACCAUUGUAGCGUUCCCGUUUGAUGGUUGUCAGGUGCCUUUCAUUACCUCACACAUCCUUCUCCACAGAGCUAAUCUUCACACAAGACACGGUGGCCAGUCUCAACUUCCACCACAGAAACCUUCACUUGAGGAGUUGCACGAAAGGCUUAUAGUGAUUUUGGAAGUUGGAACUCCAGAGUUCCCUUAGAUAGGCAUAGAAUUGGUUCAAGAUGAGUGUGUGGGCCGGGUGCUUUUAAAAGGUCACCUAUUAUUGCUACUGCCCAGUUUGUUCUCCACAGAGCGAUAUAGUCACACAUGUGAAAGAAAAAUAGGAAAAUAUGAACAUAAUAGCAAUCACAUAGAGGCAGUCUAUUGUGUCUGUGACUGUCUGUGAAUAUGAGCCUCCUACUAACUGUACAGAGUUUAAAACUGUAUCCUGUGGGGCCGCCCCUGACAGCUCACAUUAUGGAAGCCUCAAUUAGAGGAGCUUUUUUCCUUCCUCUCAGCAAGUUAUACUUUACAGAACGUUCUCUCACAAGUGGCCGGUCCACUUACAACAAGAGGGGGAAAUGGCUUUUCAAUUCCUCUCUUUUUCAGGAAAGAUCUGCUAUUUAUUUACUGUGAAAAAAAAUGCUAGAGUGCAUUGUCUUCUUUUAUUGAAUGGCUCUCUUCUCCUGUCAUAAAUCAUAAAUCCUUAUUUCAUAGACAAUGAAACGGUGGAGUACGAUGCGUCAGUGUUGUCGCCAGGGCUCAGUAAGGAGAGAUAAAUUGUAGCAAGCUGAAAGCAUUCGGGACAAGCCAAAAUCAAUAGAAUUGCUACCUGUCAUAGUAACCUGCCAGAGGAUUGUAAGGCUCAUAAACACAACAUAGUUGUCUGCUGGUGCUACCGAAUCAGAUUCAAUAAAGUUUACACAGGAGCGGCCAUAUAACUAGAAGCAGCUGCAUGGCUAGGUGAAAGCCAGGGAAAGUGUUUAGCCUUCAUUAUGGUCCCUGGACUUUAAGGCCGUGUGGAGCUGUGGAGUACAGCUGGGCUGGGCGGAGGAGGACUCUGGCACCCUUAGUCCUUAUCCUUCAGAGUUAGUCUGAGGCACUGAAGUUACUAAUCUCUCCUGCCACCUAAUUAAACCUCUGCAGAAAGAGUUAUGAUCUGCUAAUUGCUGUGUGGAUGGACCUUAGGUCAACACUCACAUACACACUGACACCCACUGGAAGAAUUGCACCCUUCUGGCUCCUCGAUCACUCGACUUUCUGCUGUCACUGUCCGUUUAAAUAAGGGUAGCGUGUAAAUGAGAACAAACUGCUAGCAGCUCGCUCGCCAGCCUGUAAGGAAGCCUAUGAUGGAUAAGCUGUUUUCCACAUGGUAAACCACAACCAGUGUUUUGUAGUCUCCCCACUCAGCUACCUUGGCGGCAGAACCUUGAGCUAACCCAAGCCGUCAUACACUACGACAUGGCCUCGCCAAACGUGGCCUCUUCCACAGAAACAUAACACCUACCAACAUGCUAAUUUGUUUAAGCAUGAGCAGCCAAACAUUGGAAAGGAUGAUAAAGCUGUGGCAUGUGUGUCUGUCUGCAUUUUUAACUCCCACACGGUACACAGGUCUUUCUCAGAGGCUACUGAUACUAUGUGUAACUUAUUGGCAUUUUCUUGCCACUAACCUCUGUGAGCUUGUCAAGCAAUGUACCCACAUACAGUGGCAAAAAGACAGCAGCUCAACCCUAUACGUGGCUGCCGAUGCCGGCACUCUCUCUUUGGAUGCAUCAUAAAUCAGUUUUCAUGAUGCGGAUAGCGCGGUGACAUAGAGCUGACCUUGGCGGAGUCGCGGAGGAAUAGCCUAAAUGAUGAUUGCUUUUACAUGUCUUCUCACUUCCUCUCUCUGUCUGGCUGCUGAUGCCACUGACGCUUGCCUUCCCUGACUUCAGCGACCCCCGUAGAACUGCAAGCCCCAUUCCCCUCACUCACCCUGCUCUGCUGGGUGCUCUGCUCUGGAUCCCCCCUGUCAGUCUGCUCACAUCCGCCAUAUUUCUUCUCUGUCCUCUGAUACCUUAAGCCCCUUGAUGUCCUCCUGUUUCCUCAUAGAGAGAGAGCAUGCCCCAGCAAACAUGACUCCAUUCGCCCCAUCUGGGUAUUUUGUGGGCAAGGUGGGCAGGGGCUACACCAAGCCCACACCAAUCCCACACCAGCCCAACACGGGCUAGCCCACACCAAGCCCAACACAGGCUAUCCCACACCAAUCCCAGCUAGAGGAGGGGGCUCAUUCGAAUAUUUGGUUGCAGUUAAAGUGUUUUCUUGUGUGAUGCCCACAUUUUUAAAAUCUUGUACACAGUCUCAGAAAAUACUUAAAUAAGUGCAUGUGACAUACAGUAUGAGAAACUUAACAGUUUGUCUUGCAAAAAUAUAUGUAUUAGAGAUGGGCAUUCCGAGUCUUUUUGGUGAGCUGGCUCAUUUGGCUCUGUUUAAGUAAAAGAGACGGCACAUUUGGUUCCCAAACGGUUCUUCAUUCACAAUGCUUAAACAUUGACCUAGAACCAUGAAAAAAUAACACAUCUCCAAUGUAAAGGCCAAAAGGUAGGCUACCAUUAUGUCAGCUCAUGAAAUGCACGUUCAAAUAUUUUUUUACUUGCCCAAAUUAUUAGAGCCUGUAAUUAUUAUUAUUCAUAUUUUGUUUAUGCACUGAAAAAUUGUGUGUGGACCAGAUUGACGGGCUGUUUAUUGUUUCUGUAGUGAGGAUUCACCCUCUUUAGAGAAUGAUGUUGUAAAUUAGCUGAGGGGAGGAUGGCUCAUAAUAAUGGCCGGAACAGAGCAAAUGGAAUGGCAUCAAACACCUGGAAACCAUGUGUUUGAUACCAUUCCAUGAAUUCCACUCCAGCCAUUACCAAGAGCCCGUCCUCCCCAAUUAAGGUGCCAACAACCUCUUGUAGUAGCAGUAUGCAAAUCAGAGAGCCAAAUGAAGACCUGUGCUGGAAAAAGAUGGGCUUAUUUCAGGCAAAGUGAGGGCUGCUUUCACCAGAUAUGAACUGCCCACACAAAUGCCUUAGGGGCCAACGUUGAGCCGAUGAGCAAAUGCGCAUUGGCCCAAUGUUGACAGCCUACAUAUGGUCAAUAUUUUAGCUCGCAUUGGGCCCAAAUCCUGCCAAUGAAGACAUGUUUGUUGCGUUCUGUGUUCCUCUUCCAGACUGCUACUAUGGCCUGUCUGCUCCUCACAAGAAUGAAGGGCCCAUCAGAAAAUUAUUUCCCCGACUUGGAUAAAAUGAAUGCUUGAAUGGUGUUUUAUAAACCACCUACCUGAAUGUCCUUAUAGAAAAGAGUGAUGCUUCACACAACGUCUUCUCUGCCUACAUCCUCAUAUAUAUCAACAGAUCUUGACGCUCCUACUAACCUCUUGACCAAAGAAGUGACAGAGGACACUGCUACCGUGGAAUGGCAGAAGGUACAAGCAGAGAUCGACAGCUACAUGAUCAGCUACAGCUCUGCUGAGGGCUCCAGUGAGGAGAUCCCUGUUGGGGCAGACAGCACCUCCUACAGGCUGACUGGGCUGAGGCCUGGAGUCAUCUACACAGUCUACAUCUGGGCUGUCAAGGGCUCCCGGGUCAGUAGGAAGAGCUCCACAGAAGCCGAGACAGGUAAACUGUUAACCAAAUGUCUGACUCAGAGGGCAUAAUAGAGCUCACAUUGUUUUUGUUUCAGUUCUUAAAAUAGUCUUAAGUGACGUCUCUUUUUAUACUUUGAUCCUGAUGGCUUAUGGAUGAAUGGGAGAGACCUUCUCGUCCUAUGCUUUCUGUAGGUCCUUUGUGGAAGAGGAAAAUCCAUUUAUUUUCGGGUCUUGUGGAUAGUUCUUAGGGCUGUAUUUUCACUUUUUAAGGGAUGCACUUUACACAAUGGCAACAUGAAAAAAAUAACUGCCAGGCAGGCAGACUUUCACCCUCAGCACUUUUGUGAAUAUUUAUCUUCCUCACAUCUUUGCCAAGAGGGAAACUCUUACUCAGACCUGUGCUGGGGAAGCUAUUUAAAGUAAUUAGGUAGACACUUCUUUUGAAAUGAGUUUAGCAUAGCCUAUAGCUGUGGAGCAUGUUUGUGAAAAUGUUUUAGAGACAACUAAGGAGAUUGAAAAUAAGGGAGAUAUAAAGUGUUUCUUCCUCAUUUAAUUCUACUCAUUUGAAAGAAACACCAAACAUAUGCUUCUCUUGUGUGUCAAUGUGUUGAGAUAAAAGGAGGACGCAGUAAUGGUUUGGUGGGGCUAUUUCAAUAACCCCUUGAUUCACCUAACUAUUUGUUCAACUUUCACUUACUGUCAAUCCAGUCAGCAAAAUACUAAGAAACAUUUGAGAUCAACUGUACACGAGAGAGAGAGAGAGAAAUGCAUUUUAACUGCUGUUUAUGGCAUUAAAACACAAGGCUCAAGUGCUCUACCAGCUGACGCCCGCCAUCAGGAAAUACAGGCUAUAGAAAAGCACUGUGUAGGAAAUCUCCUCUUGGCUCUCAUAUCGCAGAUAUAUCAUCACCUAGUGCUACUGUACUUUCCGAAUCAAUGUAUACAUUUCCUCCCCCACAAUCCUAUUGAUACCCAAAGUGAACAAUAUGCUACAUUAGGUUGUAGGUGAGGUUGGGUCGUCUGGCCUUCAGGGACUGUUGGUGUGGGACAUUAAUGUAUUGGAAGCCUACAGCUGCACUGUCUUUGACGCCUGCUUCAGUGAGAAAAUGACUGAAACAGACAUAGUACACUAACCUGUCCCAUAAGUCAAACAACGGGAUUCCACAUGGAUACAAACAUCCGAGAGGAGUGAAAUCCAAGCGCUGCCGUGUCGGCAAGCAGGGCUCCCCAUGUUUCGUCUGCUGACUGGAUGGGGUAGGUUGUGGCAGGCUAGGAUUACUGGAUCAGUAAACAUAAAUUAACUGUGACACAGGACUGUGGGAAGGUGGUACAUGGAGCUUUCUGCUCUCAAAUAAGAUUUAACAAGCGGUAACGAACAGGGUGGUGGUAGGUACACUCUUAGCUUGGGUAGUCAUUGAGGUUAAAGUGGACACUGAUAAUUAAUAGAAAAAUAUGUUGGAAAAUGUAUUUUUUUAAAUACAUUGUUUUUUAAUUUCUUAAUGUGAUAACACUGCACUAGUAGAAUGACAUAACAUAUGCUUUAACAUAGUUCCUAAUACAUAUAGCUUUUAGUGCCUGUUACUUACAUAGUAUGUACUGAAACUACUAUAUUUACACUCAUACCUCUCCAGAACUAGAUGUUCCUACUAACCGGUUGACCAGAGAAGUGACAGAAGACACAGCUACAGUAACAUGGGAUAAAGUCCAGGCUGAAAUCGACGGCUACAUGAUCAGCUACAGCUCUGCUGAGGGCUCCAGUGAGGAGAUCCCUGUUGGGGCAGACAGCACCUCCUACAGGCUGACUGGGCUGAGGCCUGGAGUCAUCUAUACAGUCUACAUCUGGGCUGUCAAGGGCUCCCGGUUCAGCAGGAAGAGCUCCACAGUAGCUGAGACAGGUCACUAACUUGUCUCAUACUUUUUGAGUGUGAGAGGGUGAGAGCCCACACAAUGUAAAGAUGUUAGUUCAGGAGUUGUCUUUGUUCAGCAGUUCAUCUGGGGUUCUAAGAAAGCUUUCAGUUCUUCUUAAAGGGAUAAGUUAUGCUAAUAUCAAAGUUUGUCAGAUCAUUUCAGAUCUCAAAAGUGGCAGAAUGGCAAGAUGAUUCCAUGUCCCAUGCCAUAUGUUGUGUAAGUCCAGCUACAUACCUAAAUCCCAAAUUAAUGGAAAAGAAAGGAACUGUCUAAAUUCAUCAUUUAAGAUGGUGCCUAUUUUUCACAUUCUUUGGGGAUUUGAGAUGAUGGCACAUACAGGUAACUGCCAAAAUAAUGGAAACACUUUAAUAAAAUGAGGGAUUCAAAGUAUAUUGAAAGCAGGUGCUUCCACACAGGUGUGGUUCCUGAGUUAAUUAAGCAAUUAACAUCCCAUCAUGCUUAGGGUCAUGUAUAAAAAUGCUGGGCAGGCCAUUAUUCUGGCUAUCAUGGCUAUGCCCCCAUAGGAUGACAAUGACCCCGUCCACAGGGCAUGGGUGGUCACUGAAUAGUUUGAUCUGCAUGAAAAAAAUUUAAACCGUAUGCCAUGGCCGUCUCAGUCACCAGAUCUCAACCCAAUUGAACACUUAUGGGAGAUUCUGGAGUGGUCCCUGAGAAAGCGUUUUUUACCACCAUCAACAAAACACAAAAUUAUGGAAUUUCUCAUGGAAUAAUGGUGUCGCAUCCCUCCAAUAUUGUUCCAGACACUUGUAGAAUCUAUGUUAAGUUGCAAUUAAGCUGUUCUGGCUUGUGGUGGCCCAACGCCCUAUUAAGACACUUUAUGUUGGUGUUUCCUUUAUUUUGGCAGUUAUUUGUAGCUAGAUCUACACAACAGAUGGCAAGGCACAUGGACUCAUAUCGAUAUUAGACCACUUCUGAGGCCUGCAAACAUCUGACCAACUUAGAUUUUGGUGUAUGAACUGUCCCUUUAAAGUCUCUCUUAUACAAUUAGAGUGAUUUACAGGUCUCUCAGGUACAGCAGGUCUUGAUACAAUAAAUCGAUGAAAUGUCACAAACUUCAUGACAUGACACAGAAGAGCACUAACCUUUCGAUCAAUGGUUCUCCAGAUCUGGAUGCUCCUACUAACCUCUUGACCAGAGAAGUGACAGAGGACAUAGCCGAUGUGUCAUGGGACAGACCUUUAGCGGACAUCGACGGCUACAUGAUCAGCUACAGCUCUGCUGAGGGCUCCAGUGGGGAGAUCCCUGUUGGGGCAGACAGCACCUCCUACAGGCUGACUGGGCUGAGGCCUGGAGUCAUCUACACAGUCUACAUCUGGGCUGUCAAGGGCUCCCGGUUCAGCAGGAAGAGCUCCACAGUAGCUGAGACAGGUCACUAACUUGUCUCAUACUUUUUGAGUGUGAGAGGGUGAGAGCCCACACAAUGUAAAGAUGUUAGUUCAGGAGUUGUCUUUGUUCAGCAGUUCAUCUGGGGUUCUAAGAAAGCUUUCAGUUCCUCUUAAAGGGAUAAGUUAUGCUAAUAUCAAAGUUUGUCAGAUCAUUUCAGAUCUCAAAAGUGGCAGAAUGGCAAGAUGAUUCCAUGUCCCAUGCCAUAUGUUGUGUAAGUCCAGCUACAUACCUAAAUCCCAAAUUAAUGGAAAAGAAAGGAACUGUCUAAAUUCAUCAUUUAAGAUGGUGCCUAUUUUUCACAUUCUUUGGGGAUUUGAGAUGAUGGCACAUAUAGGUAACUGCCAAAAUAAUGGAAACACUUUAAUAAAAUGAGGGAUUCAAAGUAUAUUGAAAGCAGGUGCUUCCACACAGGUGUGGUUCCUGAGUUAAUUAAUCAAUUAACAUCCCAUCAUGCUCAGGGUCAUGUAUAAAAAUGCUGGGCAGGCCAUUAUUCUAGCAAUUUUUUGGCUAUCAUGGCUAUGCCCCCAUAGGAUGACAAGACCCCAUCCACAGGGCAUGGGUGGUCACUGAAUAGUUUGAUCAGCAUGAAAACAAUGUAAACCAUAUGUCAUGGCCCUCUCAGUCACCAGAUCUCAACCCAAUUGAACACUUAUGGGAGAUUCUGGAGUGGUCCCUGAGACAGCUUUUCUAUCACCAUCAACAAAACACAAAAUUAUGGAAUUGCUCAUGGAAUAAUGGUGUCGCAUCCCUCCAAUAGAAUUCCAGACACUUGUUGAAUCUAUGCUAAGUUGCAUUUAAGCUGUUCUGGCUUGUGGUGGCCCAACGCCCUAUUAAGACACUUUAUGUUGGUGUUUCCUAUAUUUUGGCAGUUAUUUGUAGCUAGAUUUACACAACAGAUGGCAAGGCACAUGGACUCAUAUCGAUAUUAGACCACUUCUGAGGCCUGAAAACAUCUGACCAACUUAGAUUUUGGUGUAUGAACUGUCCCUUUAAAGUCUCUCUUAUACAAUUAGAGUGAUUUACAGGUCUCUCAGGUACAGCAGGUCUUGAUACAAUAAAUCAAUGAAAUGUCACAAACUUCAUGACAUGACACAGAAGAGCACUAACCUUUCUAUCAAUGGUUCUCCAGAUCUGGAUGCUCCUACUAACCUCUUGACCAGAGAAGUGACAGAGGACAUAGCCGAUGUGUCGUGGGACAGACCUCUAGCGGACAUCGACGGCUACAUGAUCAGCUACAGCUCUGCUGAGGGCUCCAGUGGGGAGAUCCCUGUUGGGGCAGACAGCACCUCCUACAGGCUGACUGGGCUGAGGCCUGGAGUCAUCUAUACAGUCUACAUCUGGGCUGUCAAGGGCUCCCGGUUCAGCAGGAAGAGCUCCACACCAGCUGAGACAGGUUUUCUAUCUGCCCUGGGGCUCCAGUCGACAGCCAAGUAUUUUCAUGAUAAUCCCAUGCAUUCAUUGUCCAAUGAGGCAGAUAGUCAUUACUGAACAAGAGGUUAUCGUGUAGAGGCAUAAUCAUCUUUGAGGAGCUGUCAGGUUCCUUCACUCUUAGUGGAAUUCUGGUCAACCCAAACUAACAGUUCAAGGAUCUACUCAAUAUGAGACACACACACAGUGACGUUUAUUGGAGAAUAGAGAUGGAGGAAUGUAAGGCAUGAUAAAUAGUACUUAAUUAGCUGUCAUAUUCUUAUUCAGCCGUCCAAUUACUGCUUCUGGACAUUUUCAUUCAUGCAUUCUAUUUGACUAAAUUGCUUCUGUUUUGGGAUGUUCUCUCCAUAGAAAUUGAUGCACCAAAAAACCUGAAAGCAUCGGAUGUUAAACUGGAUGCAGCUACCCUGACCUGGACUGCUCCCUUAGCCAGAAUCGAUGGCUACAUCCUCACAUUCAGAGCUGAGGAUGGCAGUUUGAAGGUACUGAUUCUCAGUAACACACACUCUAGUUGUGGACAUGGAAAUAUGCAAUGGUUGAAUGCAUUCAAAUGUUUAUUUCAUUUAAUUUUGAUGAUUUGAAGUGGCAACAAAUGAAAAUCCAAAAUUCCGUGUGUCACAAAAUUAGAAUAUUGUGUAAGGGUUACAUUUUGAAGACACCUGGUGCCACAAAAUAAUCAGCUGAUUAACUCAAAACACCUGCAAAGGGCUUUAAAUGGUCUCUCAGUCCAGUUCUGAAGCCUACACAAACAUGGGGAAGACUUCAGAUUUGACAGCUGUCCAAAAGGCGACCAUCGACACAUUGCACAAGGAGGGAAAGACACAAAAGGUUAUUGCAGAAGAGGCUGGCUGUUCUCAGAGCUCUGUGUCCAAACACAUUAAUAGAGAGGCAAAGGGAAGGAAAAACUGUGGUCAGAAAAAGUGUACAAGCGAUAGGGAUCACCGCGCCCUAGUCAAGAUUGUGAAAAAAAAACCAUUCAAAAAUGUGGGGGAGAUUCACAAGGAGUGGACAGCUGCUGGAGUCAGGGCUUCAAGAUCCACCACCAAGAGACGCUUGAAAGACAUGGGUUUCAACUGCCGCAUACCUCGUGUCAAGCCACUGUUGACCAAGAAACAGCGCGAAAAGCGUCUCACCUGGGCUAAGGAAAAAAAGAGCUGGACUGCUGCUGAGUGGUCUAAAGUCAUGUUUUCUGACGAAAGCAAAUUUUGCAUUUCCUUUGGAAAUCGAGGUCCCAGAGUCUGGAGGAAGACAGGAGAGGCACAGGAUCCACGUUGCCUGAAGUCUAGUGUAAAGUUUCCACCAUCAGUGAUGGUUUGGGGUGCCAUGUCAUCUGCUGGUGUCGGUCCACUCUGUUUCCUGAGAUCAAGGGUCAACGCAGCCGUCUACCAGCAAGUUUUAGAGCACUUCAUGCUUCCUGCUGCUGACCUGCUCUAUGGAGAUGGAGAUUUCAGGUUCCAACAGGACUUGGCGCCUGCACACAGCGCAAAAUCUACCCGUGCCUGGUUUACGGACCAUGGUAUUUCUGUUCUAAAUUGGCCAGCCAACUCCCCUGACCUUAGCCCCAUAGAAAAUCUGUGGGGUAUUGUGAAAAGGAAGAUGCAGAAUGCCAGACCCAACAACGCAGAAGAGUUGAAGGCCACUAUCAGAGCAACCUGGGCUCUCAUAACACCUGAGCAGUGCCAGAAACUCAUCGACUCCAUGCCACGCCGCAUUAAUGCAGUAAUUGAGGCAAAAGGAGCUCCAACCAAGUAUUGAGUAUUGUACAUGCUCAUAUUUUUCAUUUUCAUACUUUUCAGUUGGCCAACAUUUCUAAAAAAUCCCUUUUUUGUAUUAGCCUUAAGUAAUAUUCUAAUUUUGUGACACACGGAAUUUUGGAUUUUCAUUUGUUGCCACUUCAAAUCAUCAAAAUUAAAUGAAAUAAACAUUUGAAUGCAUCAGUCUGUGUGCAAUGAAUAAAUAUAAUGUACAAGUUACACCUUUUGAAUGCAAUUACUGAAAUAAAUCAAGUUUUUCAAAAUAUUCUAAUUUACUGACUUUUACCUGUAUAUGUAUGUAGCUAUAGAAACCUAUUAUAUUAGCCAGCUGUGUUUUUUUCGUGGCUUUCUGUAUUGGGCUCCCGAGUGGUGCAGUGGUCUAAGGCACUGCAUCUCAGUGCUUGAGGCGUCACUACAGACCCCCUGGUUCGAUUCCAGGCUGUAUCACAACCGGCCGUGAUUGGGAGUCUCAUAGGGCGGCGCCCAGCGUCGUUCGGGUUUGGCCGGUGUAGGCCGUCAUUGUAAAUAAGAAUUUGUUCUUAACUGACUUGCCUAGUUAAAUAAAGGUACAAUAAAAUUGGAGAUCACAAUUACAUUUCAUCCUAGAUGAAGUUUCUGUUGGUGUGCAUCGUGUGCAAAAUACAAGUAUUCCAGUGUUAUACCCCUGACCUCUAGUGGUGAAAGGUUGUAUAAACCAUCAAAGGUCUUUAGUUCUGUGUCAGUGACACUUCGUUGUCUCAGCCAAUGAUUGUAAUUCCACUGUGUUCUGAAUAGGCUGUGGAGAAGAAGCUGAGGGCAGGAGAGAGCAGAUUUGCCAUGUCUGGCCUGGAGAUGGGAAAGAAUUACAUUGUUACCCUCCUUGCUUACAGAGGACCAAAGAGGAGCAGAGUGAUAGAGAUCACAUUCAAAACAGGUACACUGUGCCCUCUAUGAACAUCAUCCACACACCAAACUAGUCUGACUCAUCCAUACAUCAGUGUGUUGAGACGUUAGCAUUUCUCUACACUCUUGUGCUAUAAUUUCAAUUUGAUUAGCAAUGUUUCAUUCCUUUCUCACCUUACAAUUAAUUGGUCACUUGUACUUGUAUCCUUCACAGUGGGUUUGUUGUACCCAUUCCCCAUGGACUGUAGUCAGAUUAAGAAGAAUGGUAACAUGGCAAGUGGAAUCUACACCAUUUACAUCAACAGUGAUCGCACCAAGCCCAUGGAGGUGUACUGUGACAUGGACACUGAUGGCGGUGGAUGGGUGGUACGCUAAAGUACAUUAUGAUUGAUGGUAUUGAUGACUGAAAGAAAAACCUGUCUGGAUAGAUGGACCAUCAAUAGAAACUGUCAAUCAAGUUGUGUGUGAGCAGAGACUGAGAUCUACUGUACAUCACUCCCCAGGUGUUCCAGAGACGCAACAAUGGACAGAUGGACUUCAUGAAGCGCUGGAGACCAUACAUGGCCGGCUUUGGGAACAUGACUGAUGAAUUCUGGCUUGGUUAGUACUGUUUACACAUCCUUUUAAUCUCUUGUAUCGCAAUAGGACUGUUAUGUCCAUAGGAGUUCCUCUCAUGGAAUUGAAAUAGAUGAUGAUGUACACUACCAGUCAAACGUUUGGACACCUCUACUCAUUCAAGGGUUUUUCUUUAUUUUUACUAUUUUUUACAUUGUAGAAUAAUAGUGAAAACAUCAAAACUAUGAAAUAACAUAUGGAAUCAUGUAGUAACCAAAAAAGUGUUCAACAAAUCAAAAUAUAUUUUAUAUUUGAGAUUCUUCAAAUAGCCACCCUUUGCCUUGAUGACAGCUUUGCACACUCUUGGCAUUCACUCAACCAGCUUCACCUGGAAUGCUUUUCCAACAGUCUUGAAUGAGUUCCCACAUAUGCUGAGCACUUGUUGGCUGCUUUUCCUUCACUCUGCCGUCCGACUCAUCCCAAACCAUCUCAAUUGUGUUGUGGUUGGGGGAUUGUGGAGGCCAGGUCAUCUGAUGCAGCACUCCAUCACUCUCCUUCUUGGUAAAAUAGCACUUACACAGCCUGGAGGUGUGUUGGGUCAUUGUCCUGUUGAAAAACAAAUGAUAGUCCCACUAAGCCCAAACCAGAUGGGAUGGCGUAUUGCUGCAGAAUGCUGUGGUAGCCAUGCUGGUUAAGUGUGUCUUGAAUUCUAAAUAAGUCACAGACAGUCUCACCAGCAAAGCACUGUAACACCUCCUCCUCCAUGCUUUAUGGUGGGAACUACACAUGCGGAGAUCAUCCAUUCACCCACACGUGUCUCACAAAGACACGGCGGUUUAAAGCAAAAAUCUCCAAUUUGGACUCCAGACCAAAGGACACAUUUCCACCGGUCUAAUGUCGAUUGCUCGUGUUUCUUGGCCCAAGCAGGUCUCUUCUUAUUAUUGGUGUCCUUUAGUAGUGGUUUCUUUGCAGCAAUUCGACCAUGAAGGCCUGAUUCACACAGUCCCCUCUGAACAGUUGAUGUUGAGAUGUGUCUGUUACUUGAACUCUGUGAAGCAUUUAUUUGGGCUGCAAUUUCUGAGGCUGGUAACUCUAGUGAACUUAUCCUCUGCAACAGAGGUAACUCUGGGUCUUCCAUUCCUGUGGCGGUCCUCAUGAGAGACAGUUUCAUCAUAGCGCUUGAUGGUUUUUGCGACUGCACUUGAAGAAGUUCUUGAAACUUUCCAUAUUGACUGACCUUCAUGUCUUGAAGUAAUGAUGGACUGUCGUUUCUCUUUGCUUAUUUGAGCUGUUCUUGCCAUAAUAUAGACUUGGUCUUUUACCAAAUAGGUCUAUCUUCUGUAUACCCCCCCUACCUUGUCACAACACAACUGAUUGGCUCAAACGCAUUAAGAAGGAAAUAAAUUCCACAAAUUAACUUUUAAGAAGGCACACCUGUUAAUUGAAAUGAAUUCCAGGUGACUACCUCAUGAAGCUGGUUGAGAGAAUGCCAAGAGUGUGCAAAGCUGUCAUCAAGGCAAAGGGUGGCUAUUUGAAGAAUCUCAAAUAUAAAAUACAUUUUGAUUUGUUUAACACUUUUUUUGGUUACUACAUGAUUCCAUAUGUGUUAUUUCAUAGUUUUGAUGUCUUCACUAUUAUUCUACAAUAUAAAAAUAAAGAAAAACUCUUGAAUGAGUAGGUGUGUCCAAACUUCUGAUUGGUAGUGUAAAUGUAAUAAGCCCUCACAAUUAUCUUACUCUAACCCAUAGGUCUGGACAAUAUCUAUGAGCUGACCAAUACUCCCACGCAAUACGAGCUGCGAGUGGACCUGGGUGUGGGUUCAGAGAAGGCCUAUGCUGUCUAUGACAACUUCAAGAUAGCCCCGGCUAAGCAGAAGUUCAAUCUGACCAUCGGCAAAUACAGUGGAACAGCAGGUGGACCAUCUCUUUGUAUCUUUCUAACAAUUCCUUGACAAAUACAAGCAUAAAUAUUCUACACACUAAACAAACCCAAGGCUCCAAAAUACACACACAACCAAUAACCACACAACUGUGACUGUGUUGAAUAGCAUUUUUACAAUGGAUUGCUUUCAUUGAUGCUGUGAAUCUGGUAUAUGAUUGUUUUCCAGGCGAUGCCAUGAACUACCAUCAAGGUCGCCCCUUCUCCACGGUUGACAAUGACAAUGACAUUGCUCUUGGUAACUGUGCCCUGACACAUCGUGGUGCUUGGUGGUACAAGAACUGUCACCUUGCUAACCUCAACGGCAAAUUCGGAGACAACAGACACAGCAUGGUAAGAAGUGCGCAAUGUCGUUUUCUGGGGGUGUAGUGCAAGAAUGUACAAGCAGAUGGCACUGAUAGCAUAGUACAGAAUCCAUGGUAGUUGCACAUGAGCGUCCAGUAGGGGUUUUCCAUUCUUAGUUUGAAAUGGCUAUGUCCUAGAUCUAUCAACUUCAAUAAAGAUACACUUUUCUCAAAAAGCCUUAUAAAUAGCAGACGUUAAUAGCUAACUUUCAUUCACAGGGAGGCUAACAAGAACUGUUGUUGUGUCUGCAAGAAGAAUGUUGAGAGGAAAUGGGAGGGAAUUGUUUUGUCAUAUGAAGUUAUAUCAUGCCUCUCUUAAUGAGAUGCAUAAUACGUUUGUGUCUGUAUUGAUGAAGGCUACACCGGCACAGAUAGAACUUGAUAGAAGUUUCAGAAGUGGAUAUUUUGACUUAGAAUAUGUGGACAACUACAAAUACCUAGGUGUCUGGUUAGACCGUAAACUCUCCUUCCAGACUCACAUUAAGCAUCUCCUAUCCAAAGUUAAAUCUAGAAUCGGCUUCCUAUUUCGCAACAAAGCCUCCUUCACUCAUGCUGCUAAACAUGCCCUCGUAAAACUGACUAUCCUACUGAUCCUUGACUUCGGCGAUGUCAUUUACAAAAUAGCUUCCAACACUCUACUCAGCAAAUUGGAUGUAGUCUAUCACAGUGCCAUCCGUUUUGUCACCAAAGCCCCAUAUACUACCCACCAUUGUGACCUGUACGCUCUCGUUGGCUGGCCCUCAAUACAUAUUCGUCGCCAGGUCAUCUAUAAAUCACUUCUAGGCAAAUCCCCGCCUUAUCUUAGAUCAUUGGUCACCAUAGCAACACCCACCCGUAGUAUGCGUUCCAGCAGGUAUAUCUCACUGGUCAUCCCCAAAGCCAACACCUCCUUUGGCCGCCAUUCCUUCCAGUUCUCUGCUGCCAAUGACUGGAACGAACUACAAAAAUCUCUGAAGCUGGAGACACUUAUCUCCCUCACUAACUUUAAGCAUCAGUUGUCAGAGCAGCUUACCGAUCACUGCACCUGUACACAGCCCAUCUGUAAUUAGCCCACCCAGCUACCUCAUCCCCAUAUUGUUAUUUACAUUGUUAUUUAUAUUGCUCAUUUGCACCCCAGUAUCUCUAUUUGCACAUCAUCUUCUGCACAUCUAUCACUCCAGUGUUAAUACUAUAUUGUAAUUAUUUUGCACUAUGGCCUAUUUAUUGCCUAACCUCCAUAACUUACUACAUUUGCACACACUGUAUAUAGAUUUUCUAUUGUGUUAUUGACUGUACGUUUUGUUUAUUCCAUAUGUAACUCUGUGUUGUUGUUGUUUUUAUCGCACUGCUAUGCUUUAUCUUGGCCAGGUCGCAGUUGUAAAUGAGAACUUGUUCUCAACUGGCUUACCUUGUUAAAUAAAGGUGAAAUAAAAUAAAAUAAAAAAAUAAAAAACAUCUAUAUUUUACCUAAUUUUGAUAGACAUGAGACAGUAUGAAAUGCUCUUCAGUGUGAGUCAGUUAUUAGUAUCAUGAAACAACUGGCUGACUGUGGCUGUCUUAUCUAAUGUGUGGCUGUGCCUCUCUCUACCUUCUACCAGGGUGUGAACUGGGAGCCAUGGAAGGGUCAUCUGAUGUCUCUUGAUUUCACUGAGAUGAAGAUUCGGCCUGUGGGCACCGCCAGGAAGAGGAGGUCGCUUAGCAGCAGAACAGCUCCCAGAAAAUAGUCCCUCUGAACUAGAGCAGUCAAUGGGAACCUCAUUACAAACCAGGCAAAGUAGCUAGAACCUCAAAUCAGGAAUAUCAAUCUAUCUCAAGAUUAUUGUAUAACUUACUUUAAGUUAACAUAUCAUAUGGCUGCAGCCAUAUACGUCUUUAUUUUGAAUAGGAUAUUUGUAUUAUAUAUAUUAUGAACAAGUGAACUGCAACUUUCACUGUAAAGUAAAGGGAUUUUGUAUCUUGGCUUUGUCCUAAAGCGGCAUUCCUCGCAGGCGUAGAUGAUUAGCAAAUUACCUCUGUCCUAAUGUAUAUGAUUACAUUUUAUAGGCUGGCUCCAUGGCAUAAAACUGCCACUAUAUUCAUAACACUGUCUGCUCCUAUUAUGCAUAAUCAGUGAGAUCCCAAUGACACCAUGUUUUUAGAAUAGUUAUACUGCUCUUGUUCACAUUCAUAACAUAGCAUAGACCCUGACCCUCUCUUCUAAGCUCUGGUCUGCGGCCUACUCAGCCUACUCUGAGUUAGCUAGAUAUCACAUUUAAGAUGUCAUGCAUAACAAAUAGAAUGUAUGACAUGCUCCUCUGCUUGUAAGAUUGUAUUUUCAAAUGUGUAUUGUAAUUGUGUCGUUCCACGAAAAUAGUGCCUUUUGCGUCCCUUUGAUAUUUUAAGUAGAAAUGAAAAGCCUGUUAUAUUAAAUGAAGUCUCCUUUAAUAUAGACCACAUCGAGAAUUCAAUAAAUCUGAUAUCUAAUAUGAAUAAAUGCCAAAAUUCAGCAUUUUGACAUGUCCCUCCAUCAACCCUGUAUCACUGCUAGGAAGAUUUUAACCGACUUAAUCCCAAAAUGUCUCCAAGAUUCACCAUCAUUGUAAAGCCAUACUUAUUGUGUUGCUUUGACAAUGUCAUUUCUGAAGACUAUUAUGUCUUUCAUGUGAUUAGUGAUUCAUUUACAUCUGUCACUGAUUUUAAGGUCAACCCUGUUAUAUGAACUGAACUCCCGUUUUAAUAUGGUGAAAUUAUUCCUUUUUAAAUAUUUUUUUCAAAAGAAACAUUGAAUAUCUAAUAGUAAAAAAAUUGAGUAAAAGCAGGCUAGCUGGUUCUACCAUUUUCUGGUGUUUUGUGGUGGAAAACUGAGCGGGUCAAGCAUAACACGUCAACUUCUUUACCAAUAGAUCAACAGGUGAAGCUUGCAUUCAAUUGCCACUUCCUGUUGCACACAACAUACUUCCAUUCCCCUGAGCCUUGGAUGCAGCCAGUAUUGCUCCAAACGCGUAUCACUCGUUCGCUUACAGCCAGUAGUGAUCCAAAGCCCCUAUUUUGGAUUAAAAAUGGCGAAUUUCGCCGAAAGGUGACUAGUUUGCAUCCCUGAUUAUAUUUGAAAAAGAUGGGUUGUUUAUGAAUUCGAAGGACCAAUAAAAAGGGAUAAACUUAGGUGCUGGAUUUUAGGCCGGUAGGAACCACCACAGGGUGUCAAUUCAGAACACGAGGAAGCAGUAGUUCCAGUUAUAAUAAUAAUAAUAUGCCAUUUAGCAGACGCUUUUAUCCAAAGCGACUUACAGUCAUGUGUGCAUACAUUUUUAUGUAUGGGUGGUUCAACGGUUUAAUGAAGAUCCACACACACAUAAAACACCACUCACUCUGGUACUAACUGUGGUUCUGUAAAAAAAAGAGGAGAACUUAAUAAUUAAUUCCGGUUGACAAUGCUAAUGCUAACGCUAGCGGGAGUAAGCGAGCUAGCUAGCUAGCUAGCAAGUUUAACACUAAUGGUACAUAUUUACAACAGACACUAUUUAGCUCCAAACAACAAGACAUCAGGAUUUUGCCACUUACAUUUAGCUGCACGCACAAUAAAACAUCAGAAAGAAAAGCAAUUUUUUCUGAGGAUGUAGAAUAAACAGGAGCGAAAAACCUGGUGGUCAUCAGAAUGGAAACUACAGUCUGCCUGAGGCCCUGCCUGGUCGGGUAUUACGCUAAGUCCCGGGAAAAAAGGCUGCAGAUCAACAAAUAAAAUGAUGAUGAUUGGCAUGACCUUAUUUCAAUAAGAUAACCAAAAGAAAGUUGGGGUCUUGGAAAGGAGAUGAGCUGGCCGUUUUUACAAUAUUCAUGCCACACAUUCUCAGAUAAAUAAUAAAACAUAUUUUUAAAACUAGCAUCUAUGCCUGCAGUGACUGAGGGUGCUGUUUGAAUGGGACUUGACUUCACACAGUGUUUAUCAAAUAGAUGAAUUGAGGUAAAUCAACAAAUUCGAGUCAUACUUGAAUGUUAUAUGCUACCUCAAAUUCUAAGAAGAGGAACAAAGUAGAAUAUAUUUGAUUUCAUAAUCAGUUUUUCAUAUACAGCUUUUAAUUUCCCCAUCUCUUUCCCAGAAAAAGGCUUAGAUUUGCAGGAAAGAUUAUAUAUACCAAAAAAACUGUUUCCUUUUGCUUUCUACCAUUCACAUCACUUUGUGACGUAACUUCACAGGUAACCUGAUCUUGACAGGAUGUUUGAAAAUGGUCCCUAUUUAUGUCAUUUUCGAGUUGAACGACUAUGGUUUUCUCUUUGACAGGAUAGCCUACACUUGAGUCAUGUAUCAUACCACAAUUUGAUGUUUCUCAACUUCCCCUGGUUUCUCAGCUGUUGUUUCAAUCCACUGCUGAGAAAUGAUUUGCACACAUCGGACUGUGUGAAUAACAAUGCAAGAAAGAUAUUCACAAAGUUAAGCAAGAAUGAUAAAGAAGGAAGAAGAGGAAGGGGCCUACUGUGGAAUAUUCUAACUGAACUUUUGAAAUGUCUCACAGGACCCAAUUGAUGCAAUAGCUAUUUUGAACCACAUUGAUUGCAAAUUACUGUAAAGAAGAUUGGUUCCUAUAACAGCACUGCAGGGCAGGUGGACUCUUAAAGAGAUUCUCUGAUACUUUUGUAUACUUUUUAGCCGGUAGUUCUGAAAGUAGCACUCACGAGCCAAAAGUGGUCCCCGACUAUUGCGUACUACGUCACAUAUGUGCAGAUAUGUGCACCACGUCAUUGCUCUCUCUCUCUGCUGUGUCCACUGAGCUGUUGGGCCCACCCUGCAACCUCAUUAGAUAAUGCAGGGCAGGCCUCUUGCUAGAAAUACUCAAAUGCGAGGGGCUGAAGCUCAUUGGCUAGAACUCUAAUUGCAAGGAGGCUGGCCCACGUGGGGUUAAAUGUGGGGGAAAUGGUGUGGCACAGCUUCAAGAAAACAGUCGCUUUCAAAAUAGGGAUUGUGGCUAAUUGAGGUAAGACAGUAUUCUGCUCUUAUACAUGUAUGAACUACACAUUGACACAUCCAGCCCAAAGCGGGAGGUUUAAAAAAUACUUUCUUAGUCGGCAAAGUACCGUAGCAUGUCGUUAAUGCUGAGAUUAAUGUAAUAGGGAUGGAAUAGGAAAGAAAUGCCUCACACACAAUUCUUCACACAUUUCUAUCCAGUUAGACAAAUGUCAUCCCCCCGUAGAAAAAUAAAUAAACAGUUUUACCCUAAGAAUGACUCCUUUAAGCGCUUUUUACUGCUACAAAGGUUACUUCAAUUGUCAAUUAACAUAUAUGCUCAUUUUGUCAUCCCUACACUUUUGAGUAUAAAUGCAGCAGUGUUUUGAGUCUGUAGCUAUUUAUCUUACUCACAGAGAACAAGUACAACAUGAGCUGAAGUUUGGAGCUCAGAUUCCAAAGUAUGUGUCAUCUGACAAACAGGCUUUCAUACAACAGAGUACACAUGAGCAUAGGCUGAAUCACCAUUGAGGUGUGUGUGUGGCUAUGGGUAAGGUUGAUGUCAUUUUUCCAUGAGUGGUAGUGUAGUAUUCAAACAAGACUUAGAGGUGGAGUAGUGCUGGGGUGGAUGGGUUGUGUCAUGGCAGUCAAGCAGACAAGCUGCCAUCAGCCCACAGAGACUUUUCACUGCAUGUCUGUGCUCUGGAUGUCUGGGCCUGUCAGAGCUGUAGGACUCAGCUACACGGCAUGUCUGACAGAGAGUAGGAAACCCCCAAAUCAUUAUCUCGACACAUAUCAUUUGGUAGUCACUGCUUCAGAACCAAACUAUCACUAUCUAUCAGUUUAAAAUAACAAGAGAUCAAACAUCCAGAGUGUGUGGAUGCUAAUGCUUUAUGUUGGUUACCAAACAUCAGAUUAAAUUAUAAUACAUUUGCCCAAGCUCCCUAGGGAUGAAGUCAACUUAUACAACAAACAUGAUAACAGAAAUCUUCUAAACAAAUGUAUUGUGAACCACAUGUAUUGUGAACCAUACAUGAACCAACCAACAAAGAAUCAACAAAGCUACAAAAAUACUUUAUUUUUGUCCCUCUUUUCUCCAGCUAUUUUGUCAAAUCAAAUGACAGGAUAAAUUAUUCAUGCAGUCGCCAGUGUGGCCUGAGCUCAUGACUUGAAAAUGUAUCACCUCAGCGAUUUCUUGUGUGAUAACAAACAGACAGAAUAUAUAGGUAACUGGCAAAAUAAAGGAAACACUUGAGUAAGGCCUAGAUUCAAUCAGAUCAAGCAUUAUCUGGCGAUAGCCGACACCCUCAUAACUGAUGUUCUGGUGGUGUCAAAGGUGUAACUGCGUUGAAGCUGUCAAAUCGGAGAGCAGCUGCUCUUGGUCAUUGUAACCCGUCACCCUCGCAUUAGAAACAAAAUGACAGUGUAAGCUAUAUAGAAAUAAUGACCCUCAAAUCGAAAGUCAUUCAAAUAAUUAGGAUUUCUAUCAGCCUAAUCGAGGUGUAGAUUACAUCUCACAUUCCAGUGUUCGAACUUGUAAACAAGGCUCCAUGAAAUGUAUCUUAAUGCGACUCCGUGCAGCCAAUGGCAAUGUCCACUUUAGGUAGGCUAUAAUGCCAGGAGCUGCUUGUGAAUUUGACUGCUCUAACACAGUUCCACCUCUGACACAUCAAACCAACCGCUAUGUGGAUGUCGGCUAAAGCGGAUAUGAUUGAAUAAAGCCCUACAUGAGUUAUACCAAUUACAUUGAAAGCAGGUGCUUUUACGCAGGUGUGGUUCCUGAGUUAAUUAAUCACUUAACAUCCCAUCGUGCUUAGGGUCAUGUAUAAAAAUGCCCAGUUGCCCAUUGUUUUGACUACCAUGGCUACAAGAAGAGAUCUCAUUCACUUUAAAGAGGGGUCUCAAAGUAGCGUAAGGGGUUUAAAGUGUGUGUCUGUGUGUGUGUGUGUGUGUGUGUGUGUGUGUGUGUGUGUGUGUGUGUGUGUGUGUGUGUGUGUGUGUGUGUGUGUGGGUGGGUGGGUGUGCGCGCAUGCGUGCGUGUCUCAGUCACCAGAUCAUGCAUGAGACAGCGUUUUCCACCACCAUCACAAAACACCAAAUGAUGGAAUUUAUUGUGGGAAAAUGGUGUUGCGUCCCUCCAAUAGAGUUCCAGACUGUAGAAUCUAUACCACGGCCACUCAAAGCUGUUCUGGCAGCUCAUGGUGGCCCAACGCCUUAUUUAUGUUGGGAUUUCCUUUAUUUGGCAGUUACCUGUAUGUUCUAAUGCAUAAUUUGGAUCGAUUAAAGCUUAGUGAAUAACUAAUACAGAAGCAUAUUAGGCUCAAAAUAGGGAUCUUAAAACAGGGAUAGUUAAUAAAUAACAAAUGCAACUGAUUUGUCACCGGAUUUGUAAAUUGGAAAUCAAUUAUAAACUUAUAUUUGCAUACAUAUGCACACAACUUAUUUUUUAUCAACACAAUGGUGGAAAAAAUACUGAAUGAUGGCGUAGAACCUCAACUAUGAUAUGCCAGUAAAUAUCACUACAUGUUUAAAUUAUGUCUAUUGGCACUGAGGGAUAAAGAUGUAAGAAAGAUCCACUCAGCGCCCAAAGUCUGAGAGCCUGGGGAUAUGCAUAAUGAUUUUAUGAACCAAUAGGGACAGUGCAAGACAGUACACAUGAAUCUGUGGCAAUCUGACCAUAAGGUAGCGUAACACAUGGAACUGUUGGGUAAAAACACUCAUUCAUCAACAAUACUAAGCUUUAGCAUACUCUAAGGGGAAAGAAACGUAUACAUUGAGGAAUGUAAUUGAAAGAUCUCAGUGCUUCACUUCAUUCUAUUAAAUUCUGCGCUUGAUAUUCAACUCAUACAUGGAAUUGAGAUCUCCAUUCAGUGGAUAUAGCAAAUACAGCAAAAGAUUUCAAAGUAGUUAUAUAAGUUCACAUUGUAAGUUGAAUAACUGCAAGUGCUUUAAACUUGAAAUGGUCUAACCUAUAAAAAAAUAUGAUCCUUCUAACUGAAUCACAAUAAUAGAUUGCUGGCCUCCAGCAUUGGAAAUAGAAAGCAGUCCUCAAACUUCUGGUCUCCCAACAUGAAGACAAUGAAUUUCACAUAGAAGUGCACACUCUAACACAGGGGUACUCAACGCUUACCCUUUGAAGUCUGGAGCCUGCUGCUUUUCUGUUCUACCUGAUACUUAAUUGCACCCACCUGUUGUCUCAGGUCUAAAUAAAUCCGUGAUUAGAAGGAAGCAAUGAAAAAAUGCAGUGGAACUGGCUUCAAGGUACAGAGUUGAGUUUGAGAGCAACACGUACGUGCAUAUGUACACACACACAUGCAUGCAUGCACGCACGCACACACACAAUCAAUCACAUAUCGUCGGCUCUUUUAGUCUCUUUCAAGAGUUUCUAUGGAGCAUGUAAACUGGUCAUCUCUGUAUACCCGUCGCAAGAUGCUUAUUUACAAAACACUCUUAGGCAUCACUCCCCCCUAUCUGAGAUACCUACUGCAGCCCUCAUCCUCCACAUACAACACCCGUUCUGCCAGUCACAUUCUGUUAAAGGUCCCCAAAGCACACACAUCCCUGGGUCGCUCCUCUUUCCAGUUCGCUGCAGCUAGCGACUGGAACGAGCUGCAAAAAACAUUCAAACUGGACAGUUUUAUCUCCAUCUCUUCAUUCAAAGACUCAAUCAUGGACAGUCUUACUGACAGUUGUGGCUGCUUUGCGUGAUGUAUGUUGUCUCUACCUUCUUGCCCUUUGUCUGUGCCCAAUAAUGUUUGUACCAUGUCUUGUACCAUGUUGUGUUGCUACCAUGUUGUUUUCAUGUUGGGUUGGUACCUUGCUGUGUUGUCAUGUGUUGCUGCCAUGCUAUGUUGUUGUCUUAGGUCUCUCUUUAUGCAGUGUUGUGUUGUCUCUCUUGUUGUGAUGUGUGUUUGGUCCUAUGUUUAUAUAUGUAUAUAUUUUUAAUGCCAGCCCCCGUCCCCGCAGGAGGCCUUUUGCCUUUUGGUAGGCCGUCCUUGUAAAACAUAAUUUGUUCUUAACUGACUUUUUUUUAAACAAAUAUUGAACAUCAGUGCCGGCUCCAGGCAUAAGCGACAUAAGUGUUCGCUUUGGACCCCAGGCUGCUAGGGGGCCCCCUAGCCCGCACCCAAAAACUCAACUCAACUUACUGUUGAGAGUUAGAAUAGUAGAAUACACAACGUGCUAGUUCUAAAUUUGGUUGUGCAUCAGCAAGUUUUCUCUUGUUAUGUCAGUCACUGACAAUCACUCAAUUAGCCAUGUCAGCUAACAAUUGUUUAAUUGUUAAGUUAGUCUACCCAGCUAUCUAAAUUUGUAGUAAUCAUGGCUGAAUACCGACUGGGCACGCAGGGGGGCCUCCAUUGAUUUUGUUAGUCACUCUCACUCAGAUAUCAUUCAAUCAUGACAAAAUGUGUAGAAUUGUAGGAAAUUGGCUUUAAACUGUCAAACAUUUUUUAUCUCUGCCAAAUGGCAAAAUGUGUAGAAUUGCAAGAUAUUUGUUAUAAAAUUGCACAACGUUUUUUCCGCGCCAUGGCAAAAUGUUUAGAACUGCAAAAAAGGUGCUUUAAAACUGCAACAUUUUCUGUACACCCUAUGGCAAAAUGUGUAGAAUUGUAGGAAAUGAACUUCAAAACUUCAAAACAAAUAUCGCUUAGGGCCUCCAAAAGGCUAGGGCCGGCCCUGCCUGGCAUUAUGUACCUGUACCUUGCAGUAAAAAAGAGCUUCAUAUAAAUACAAAAGAAUGAAACCUUAUCUGAACAUCAAUCACUACAACUACACCAUUGUCAGGGCUUCCCUGUCUGGUGUCAUAUGUCCUGUUUUGACCGAGAUCCACAAAUCCUCAUUUUUGGGACUCUUCUUCUUCUUUUUGUCUGAUUUUGCUGUGUUUGAGCUGGGGCUGUUUCCACAGCAACCAGUGGAGUUGGCCCGGCGACAGCAGCAGCAGUGGCAGCACACCACCAGAGAAGUGAAGAGCACCACCAUAGGCAGGGCUAGCAGCACCACCAGGCAGACUGUGUUGUAG